UGACAGUUUUUGACAUUGAAUGGUACGGCACGAAAACAUUGAAUGUGUGGGAUGAGUUCAAACUUCAAUAUUUGCUGAUAAAGAGAUAAAAACAAUUAUAAUAUAAAACAAGAUUUACUAAAAUUAGAACCUUUCUGCCGUAGUCAAAAAUCAGUAGAUUUGAAAUGUCUGUAAAUUACAUACCUCGAGUAACACAGCUGGAUGCUGUGCAGCUAGAUAGUCAGUUGGAGGAACUUUUCAAACAGUUAUUGUUUGAAGUUACUAAGUAUAUAGAGCCUCGUUACAUUCAGCCAAUUCUUCCAGAGCUUGAACUUUUAAUAAGGUCAUGGAUUUUCAAGUAUUCUGUUUAUGACCAUAAAAGUACAUUUGGGCAACAAAUGUUGUCAUUAAAUUACAAAACAGACUAUUUUACAAGAAGUAAGCUUUUCUGGUAUUUCGGUUACACUGUUGGCUUGAAAUAUUUAAGAGAGAGAGCCAUUUACAGUUUCACUUCAAACACCAAAAUCCAAAAUAUUAUAAAUAAAUUAGAAACUUUCCAACUCAUUGGAGACAUAUUGAACUUCUGUAGGUUCAUACAGACUGGGAAAUAUCCACAACUCAUAGAUUACAUAUUAGGAUUACAGUUAUCUGCAAAGGCUUUGACUCGGGAAGAUCUUACAGAUUUAUCUUGGACCAGAGAAUUGCUAUGGCACAAUUUUAUUGAGUUGUUAGGUACUACAAUAUCAUUAAUUAAUAUUUUUGGUUUGAGGAGUAAAUUGUCUGGUAUGCUGAAGUAUGUAUGGUGGAGACAACAUGUGAAGUCUUCAGGCACAAUGACAAUGCCCACAAUGACUUUACAAACCGUGUGUGCAUGCUGUGAGAGCCCACCAGUCCUACCACACAUUAUGGGCUGCAGUCACAUUUUUUGUUACUACUGUAUAGUGGCUAAUAAGACAGCUGACUCAGAUUUUGCCUGUCCAAAGUGCUAUUACAAUGGGAAAGAGGUAAUGAAGUUUGUAAAAUCAUAAAUUUUAAUAGACAAUUUAAAAUUUAGUUUUAAGGGAAGGUUGGUACUGUGAUAAGCCAUAAUUUUAUCGGUGGAAG